AAAAGUGACGACGUCACGAGAAGAUGCCAACAUGUUUCGAGAUCUAAUAUGGCCGAAAUGGGUAACUUAUGGGAAGAUCUACGUAAACAGGCUCGACAGUUGGAGAAUGAGAUAGACCUGAAACUGGUCUCAUUCAGCAAGCUUGGUACCAGUUACACAUCUCACAGAGAUGGAGACAGAAGUAAUGUGCCAAAGGAGCAGUCCAGUGAUACAUCACCACUGUUAAAUCGGAGCAGCAGUGAACACAUGUUUGACACAAUGGCCAUGGAGAUUGAGCAGCUGUUGACAAAGCUUACACAGGUGAAUGACCGCAUGGUGGAGUACACACAGAACAUCUCCCUUAGUUCUCCUAGUGCUGCCCUACUUCACACACUGCAGAGGCACCGAGACAUUCUGCAGGACUACACACACGAGUUCCAGAAAACACGUGCAAAUAUUACAGCUCUGAGGGAGCGGGAGGAUUUGCUGGGUUCUGUUCGUAGAGAAAUUAGCACUUACAAGAAUUCCACAGGGUUAAGUAGGCGGACAGAGCUUUAUCUGAAAGAGAAUGACCACAUAAGAAACUCAGAGAGACUUGUUGAUGAACAGAUAAGCAUUGCCAUAGCAACAAAAGAAAACCUGACGAGUCAAAACAAAGUACUUAGUUCCAUUACCCAGCGGGUUAACAGCUUAGCCAAUCGUUUUCCUAUCAUAAACAGCCUUGUUCAGAGGAUAAACCUUCGCAAACGACGUGACUCCAUCAUUCUUGGCUGUGUCGUUGGAGUCUGCAUCAUUCUCCUUUUAUUAUACAUGUUUCACUGACUUGAAUUGUGCCAUUUUUUUUAACUCUUAUACUUCUUGGAGCUUGGAAACACAGGGAUAGUUUACAAUCCAAGAAGGGGGCCACUAAAACAUUAAUCUGUAAAAAAAAAUAAAAAAUGGUCACGUUAUUAAGCAUUUCACUAAAACAAAACCAGAUUUAAAAAAAGACAGUUAACGUGUUCAAAUGUAACAAAUACCACACACCAGUUUUGAUUACUACUUUAUAUUCUCUGCUCGUUAAUCAGUACUCGAUGUCCAAAUUUGUGAUAAUAUACUGCAAGUUAUUUCAUUAGGAGGCUGGGAGAUUAAGGAUCUAUAAAAAAAAAGUAUUAAGACCAUACAGUUGUUUUCUUCUUAAAACAAAAAUGAACCUAUUGAUGUUAGGGGUCUCUAUUCUUUCAGUAGCUGGAAAAUUGUUGAAAAGUAAAUAAGAUGUUUGGUGCAAUUUUGUUUGUUUUCUAAAGGCCACUGGCCUGAGGUGAUUUUAUUGAAGACUGAUGGUAGCCUUUGCAACCACUUUAAAUUCCAAGAGCAUUCAGCCCGCCCACCCAAAAAGAAGGCACUAAUGAGAUGUCAUUAAUUAUAAGGAAAUGUUAACAUCUUGCCCUUGAUCCUUUUGGCUUAUGAAGUCUUCCUUUGUUUUUUGCAACACCACAUCCACACAAAGCCGAGAAUACUGAUCAUCAGAUAUCACUUUUUAAGUUACUGGUUGUAAAAUGACGAACAUGGCAUUCUUCCCUCCCCCCAACCACUCCAUGAUUUUGAAAUUCUCUUUGAAUAGCUCAAAGCUCCACAAGGUGUGCAUCUUGUGGGUCCUUGUAUGCUUAGUUUUAAAUGACUUCAUUGUGUGUGUAUAUAUACAUGUUACAGUUGUAGAAAUAUGACAGAAGGGAAUUUAACAUUCAUCUGCACAUUUACCUACAUGCACAUAGAUGUACAGCAUAUAUACUUCUGGCAUUGUGGGAUAUCUGUAAAUAAUCUGGUAACAGUUUCUUUUGUGAUGAAAUUUGUUGAAAUAUUUAUUGUUGGCCUUUGAAGUUGAUUUUAAUCCCGUUGAGCCUGAUUGAGUCUGUAUCUUUGAGAGCAGUGUGCAAGUCCAAGUAUGUGUGAAAUUCAACAGAAAUCAACUGGCCUUGUAUUUUAUUUUUUUUUUUCGCGGAGGGAACAACUCAACGUAUGUAAAUAAAAUCAGUGAUGUUAUUGUU